AUGCUCGAAUCUCAGGCACCAAGGCGACGCCCACUUCCCGAGUCAUCGAUCCAGAUCCCCUACUCACAUUCCCGCACUCGUAGCACAUCCUCUGGCGUCUUUCCAGUGCAGGUCCAACAGCCGCAACCACAGGCCAUGUAUCUUGGCCAGCCACAGCAGUAUGGCCGCCAGCGCCGCACGCCUUCCGUGAAUACAUUCAGCUCCGUCUCGAGCGGGGGCGGUGCCGAAAGAGGCCCUCCCCCUCCUGCAGCGUAUCGAAACUCUCCUCCCAGCAUGGACCUGCGUCGCUCCACCUCCUCUCGGUCCAACGGCUCCGUACAGCCUCUCAGCUAUGUCGCGCUCCUGCGAAAACAAAAGGCCACCGUCUGGUGCGACCGCGCACAGCCAGAGGACCCCUACAUGCUCGCAAAACAAAAGCAGGCAAAGAUGCGAGCCCUCCAGACAGUAGGGUCGGGAACUGGGUCCGGCACAUCGGGCAGCAACCGGACAUCCACUGGGCUCAGCAGUGCUGGCGGUAAGGUGGUGGGCAAGAUCCGACACCAUGGCAAACCCGCGGUGGUCGGGUACUCGCCAGACAGCAACUAUGUCGGCGUGGGCGGCGUACCAUUACGCCUUAGCGCGACGGAGGUGGAAGGCGAGGACUCUGACGACGACGAUAUGGCGAGCCAACGGCUGCAUCACCGCAGAACGGGCAGCAGCGGACGGUCGAGCACGGCGGGCAGCAUCGGACGGAGGGGUCUGAACUAUCGAGCAUCUACAGGCAGCGGCCUCCAGAUGACAGGCGGUGGCUCCCAAAACAGCAGGAGGUGGACGGGCAGCGGUGGAGAGAACACGCCGGAGAGGAGAGGAAGCCUCGCCGACGCUGGGUCAGACAGGCGCCCACCAAGUGACACGGCGAGCGGAAGCAGCAGCAUGGGCGAGCGCGCCGACGAUGUGCCAGACUUGGACCCUGCCGCGGCACGUCUGGCUAGCAACAGCCUGAUGAAUGCUACCCUGACGAGGGAGAAGAGCGUCAAGAACCCGGACGAAUUGCGCAGGAGAGGCAGUGUCGACGAGAGGACAAUGACGCUUACAUCCGGAAGGCUCUUCAUCGCCAAUCCGGAUUAAUCUAAAUAAAACAACAAACCACAACCCACGAUGGCCGACCCACGUUCGGCGCUCUAUUCAUCGGACUCAUACGGCAUCAACGCCACUGGUCUUCCGAGGAAGAUAUACCGCCAGUCGCUUUUUUCCUUGCUUGUAUUUGUUACUACGCCGGCAUAACAGGACGUCGCAUAUACGGAACGCUCAUCCUGCACACACAAGCCUCCAUCAUCUAUCUCCUACGUUCUUAUUUCUUUCCUUGCGCACAUUGCCGUCAUUAUCAUACACAACAUUGCAUUGCUAGGCGUUUUGAGGAGGCAAUAUAUCAGACUAUAUCAGUCGAGCUCUGGAUCUGCUUUGUGAUUUUUUUAUUUUUUUUAUUGCCCUUCUCCAAUAAGAACGGCCGGUGCUGGCUUGUCUGGAUGAUUUGUCGUUUUCACAAGGAUCUGCUAUCAGCAUAGAUCCUCAGCAGUGUGGUCUUUGAGGCCACGAAUAAUAUAACAUCGUUCACCUAUCUGGUGGCUACUUGUU